AUGAUUGUUCGUUCGCCCAAACUCUUUAUGGGUAGUGCCUUGUUAUUUGGUAUAUUUUCAUUAGUAUGCGAUCUUCUUGCCUUUUCAACACCUUAUUGGAUUCAAAUUUGGCCAAGGGUUGGUGAUACCACAUUUCGUAGUCUAGGUUUAUGGCAAGCAUGUAUUUCUGGUUUUCGUAAUCCGGUAAAUUAUUGGGAAAAAAUAUUCUAUGGUUGUUGGUGGUUAUAUGCUAGAGAGUAUUAUCAAUUGAGACGCGAUCAAAUACUAACACCUCCUUGGUUUACAGCCGUUCAAGUAAUGGCUUGUUUUGGUCUUAUUUUCAAUAUGUUAUCGGUUGUCGCAUUAAUUGUAGUAUCUAUUACACGUUAUCGUUUAUCUCGACAUUCUAUGCUUUUGUGUAUAGUACUAAGUGGUUUCACGUGUAUGUUUAAUAUGAUUUCUAUUGCUAUCUUUGGUCAAUAUGCAGAUGCGAUUAGCGGAAAAUGGAUGCCAAGACCAGAUUAUACAUCUUUAUCUUGGUCUUAUAUUUCAAUGGUCGCAUCAACAGUGACAGCAUUAUUCUGUGUAGUAUGCAUGGGUCUGGAAUGUUAUUUUGUAAGAGAAGCGAAAAAGUACAAUAACGAAAAAGUUUUCAUCCGUCAUGUUGGUAAUGAUGAUCAAGCAUUUGUUCGUAAAUUGACAAGUGACGAACAAGCAUUUAUACGAAAAUCUCAAGAAAAUGAACAAGCAUUCAUUAGAAAAUCAGAUAUGGAACAAGUGUUUAUUAGAAAAGUAAGUGAUCAUAAUAAUAUUUAG